AUGAAUCCUCCUACGGGCAAGAGCAUUAGGGACUUCUGUAGUGUUGCAGAUCUCCUUUGUGAGCCGGUCGAUAUCGACUGCAGCGGUGGUGUGCCACCAGGAACCUUACACUUGAUCGACCUCGAACUUCCUUCUAACACUGGAAUCCUGUUAUAUGUGCAUGGCGGUGGCUACUGCAAUCCGAUCAGCGCUAAAGGACACAUAUCCUUUGCCCUUGAGUGUGCACACGCUGCCGGUGUAUCAGCUCUUGCCUUUCUGGAAUAUACACUCUCUCCGGAAUUAAGCUAUCCUGGACAGUUAGUACAAGUCGUGGAAGCACUACGUUUUAUACUCCGCAGCCACCAACCAUCGCAAAUCGUGCUAGGCGGUGACUCCGCCGGAGGUAAUCUAGUUCUUGCUCUGAUUGCCCAUCUCAUUCAGCCUAGCCCAUAUGUGCAAGCAGUGGCUGGAUUUGGUAGAACCUCCGGACGUUUCCGCGCAGUCUUUUUGAUCAGCCCCUGGGUGGCCUGUCAGUACAAUUCAAGGAGCUUCAGAAAGAACGCAACAAAAGAUUAUAUUAGUACUGAGGGCAUGAAACGCUUUACUGCUUUGUGGCAGCCAAAGGUUCAUGAGAUUUGGGCCACGCCCAUAGCUGGGAGUGCUAAAUUUUGGUGUCAUGCUCCGGUCGACGAUUUACUAAUCACGGCCGGCGAGUGGGAAUGUUUUCUGGAUGAUAUACGUGGGAUGGCAGACCGUCUCGGUGCCAAGCCAUUUGGAAGCGGAUCUCCUGUGGAGUUGGCAAUUGCAAAGGCAGAGGUCCAUGUGCAAUGUGUGGUGGAUGCAGCUGUGAAUGUUUCACAUGGUUUCAUGGCACGCAUCAUUCUGCGAUGGCUUGCUUCACACUAG